UCGUUUCGUUUCUCCACAACGACGUCUUUUCUCAGCAUGUCAAGCGCGCCCUCUCAGACAGUGCGCCACAGGCUAACACCAAUAAUAACCUGACUCCUUUUCAUCUCUCUCUCUUUUUUUUUUUUACUUGUCCUUCCCUCCCAGGCUGUGGGGAGAGUUGGUUUCGCCCCGUGUAUGGGAUACGAGAAGGGCCAAACAAACACGCCACUGCCAUUCCUUCACAUACAUGAAUUAAUACGGUUUCCUCCGGCGUAACGGAGGGGUUGGAUUGCGCAGGCGCAGUCAGACCUUAACCUGUUCGGUGGGGUUUUACUGUCUCAGGAGCUGAACACUCGCCUUCGGGUUUGUCCGACAAAAGCCCCCCUUGAGGUGAUCUGAGACCCAGUGAGCUUCUGCGGCUGAGGGGGUUGUUGGACUUAAUCCAGGUCAUAUAAAGGACCGCGGGAUGUGCCUUAUAGGAACCUGCCGGGCUCGGAGAGCUGAUGAGGGGGCUGCGACUUUGCAGCAUAAUCGUGGCUCCGAUUUCACGAUGACCAUGGAAACAAUUGAACCACAAGAUGGCAGCGCAACAGAGUCUGUUACAGAAAGCGAUUCUGCCAACUUGCAAUCGCCUAUCAGCCAAAAUCAGAUCUCCACUAUAGCUCAAGUUUCUGUAGCUGGAUCAACAACUGGAAGAGGAUCUCCCUCUGUAACUGUAGUGCAGCUCCCUUCUGGCCAAACUGUCCACGUACAGGGAGUGAUUCAAGCCACGCAGUCUUCGGUAAUUCAAUCACCACAGUUGCAAUCUGUUCAGGUUGCUCCGGCUACAAAUGCAGAUGAAUCUACAGAAUCCGAGGUAGUAAUUGAUUCUCAGAAGCGGAGGGAGAUACUUUCAAGGAGGCCUUCAUAUCGAAAAAUUCUGAAUGAGCUUUCUUCUGAUGCACCUGGCGUUGCUAAGAUUGAAGAAGGAAAACCAGAGGAAGAAGGAGCAUCUUCUGGAAUCCCUGCUAUGGCCAUGCCAACCAGCCUUUAUCAGACUAGCACCGGGCAAUACAUUGCUAUAGCCCAAGGUGGAACCAUCCAGAUUUCUAAUCCAACUUCCGAUGGUGUUCAAGGAUUACAAACACUAACUAUGACAAAUUCAGGAGCUCCUCAACCUGGUGCUACGAUUGUGCAAUAUGCAACUCAAACACCUGAUGGCACUCAACAGUUCUUCGUACCUGGGAGUCAGGUUGUUGUCCAAGCUGCUACAGGCGACAUGCCAACUUACCAAAUCCGUACUCCAACCACAGCCUUACCUCAAGGAGUCGUCAUGGCAGCUUCCCCAGGAACACUGCAUAACCCGCAGCAGCUAGCGGAAGAAGCAACACGUAAAAGAGAACUAAGGCUUAUGAAAAAUAGGGAAGCUGCAAAAGAAUGUCGACGAAGGAAGAAAGAAUAUGUGAAAUGUCUGGAGAGUCGUGUUGCAAUGUUAGAAGUCCAGAACAAGAAACUUAUAGAAGAGCUAGAAACUUUAAAAGACAUUUGCUCUUCCAAGACAGAUUAGUGUCGAUACUGAAACUGUGAACUGGGUACAGCAUGUACAAAUGCUACUGCAGAAAAUGUCUAGUCAAAAGAAUUAUGACUUUUCCUUUCUAUCAUUUGUAUUCUACUCCACCUCUAACAUUCCUGAAACACUCUGCUGCUUUUUCUAGAUUAUUAAAUGAAACUUCACCUCACUUUUUCUCACCCAGAAAGAGUCAAAUACUUUAAAAACACAGUGUAUGUCCCAUAUUUUUAGAGGAAGCAUGUGUAAGAGCUGCUCCUCUACCUAUUAUUUGAAUUAUUUUCUUUAUAUUAGUGUCCCACUUGCACCAGUUUUAAAUUGAUCAAAGAUAAUCUAACACAAUAAAAUAAAAACCACCCAAAGUAUCUCAGGAAGAUGUUAUAUAAACAUGUGCGUUGUGCUAUGACGUAUGUGUAUUAGAAUACUGGUUUACAAAUGAAUUUAUGGCAUAUUUUUGUAUUCAUUGCUUUGUGAAGAAAAAUUGUAUUGCUGUCACUGAGUGCCAUGGUUGAAACUACUUUAAAUAGAACCAUGUUGCAUAAA